AUGGCAUGGCACGAUGCAGGGUUUAGCCAAGACAGCGAGUAUCCAAGCGCCUGGGGCUCUCAAGCUCCCACUCCCAAGAAAAAAAAAUGCCCAAAAAGCAUACUCAAAACGGCACACUACGAGCCUUCGACACCAACCAUUGAUCUCUGUGCUCCAACCCGUCGAUUGCUAUUCGACAGCCAUCGAUCGAUGGAACCUCCUGCUGGUGCCGGGGAGCCUAAACGAACCGGGGGCUCUCGCAGAAGAGUGUGUGGAUUGAAGGAACCAGUUGGGAAAUCCUGGCUUGCGGCCUGCUUCUUGCCUGGCAAUGAGCCAGCCUGCCGGUGCCCACCGGUUGAACCGCCGCCCUCCCGGCGGCCAGACUUUGAAAACGCCCGCUCGUCUGCGCAGUGCGGUGCUCCCAUUUGUCUGUUGGCUCAUCGAAGCCUGUUCACGGAGCCGACGAGCAUAUUUCCCCUCCAAGACAGCUCAGGUCAGGUCAGGGCAUGUCGUAUGCCCUACCGAACCGCUGCCAUCCUCGUUUCCUGUCGCGCAAUGAUACAGAAUGCUGCCCAUCUUUCGAGGCGGACGCAGCGUACGGAUACAAGACAUGAAUACUUCGGAAGCUCAACGUUGAAAAGAUAUGCCCUUGGAGUGGGGGUUUCUCUCGACGACCCCUACCAACCGCAAUACAUCUUUGGGGAUACCCCACCAUCGCCCACCCUGUACGCUGCGAGCCAUGACGUUGGCUAG